AUGGAUAAGAAAAAGAAAGUAUGGUUUUGGGGAGAGAACGACGGCGAAGGAGGAGGAAGGUCAAAGGAGGAGGAGGAUGACGUGGCGGACCGUAUGUCUCGUGACGGAACCAUGAGCCAAUACAGCCUUAGCAAAGGUCUCCUUCCUUCUCUCGGAGCCACCUCUCGUUCCUCCCGUGACGUCAUUCUCCGUCGCUUCAUCAUCUCUCCCUUUGAUCCUCGUUACAGAGCAUGGGAGACGUUUUUGGUGUUUCUAGUGCUCUACACAGCUUGGGCGUCGCCUUUCGAGUUCGGUUUCUUGCAAAAGCCACGAGCACCUCUCAGCAUUCUCGACAACAUAGUCAACGGGUUCUUCGCCAUCGACAUCAUCUUGACAUUCUUCCUUGCCUUUCUUGACAAGACCACUUAUCUUCUUGUCGACGAUCCAAAGAGAAUAGCCUGGAGAUACGCUUCGACUUGGCUUGCUUUCGACGUUGUGUCCACGUUUCCUUACGAAAGCUUCGGGAGCUUCUUGCAUGAGAGCAUUCAGGGAUACGGUAUCUUCAGUAUGCUUCGUCUUUGGCGUCUUCGAAGAGUCAGUAACUGUUUCGCCAGGUUAGAGAAAGAUAGGAGAUACAGCUACUUCUGGGUUCGAUGCACGAAGCUGCUUCUUGUUACUCUUUUUGUGAUUCAUUGUGGUGCAUGCUUCCUCUACUCCAUUGCUUCACAUUAUCCAGACCCGGCCAAGACGUUCAUGGCACUAACAGACGAAAACUGGAAACAGUCUCCUCUCGCUGUCCAGUACAACACGGCCAUGUAUUGGUCUAUAACUACAUUCUCAACCACAGGAUAUGGUGAUAUACAUGGUGUUAACUCAAGAGAGAUGACUUUCAUUCUUUGCUACAUGGUCUUUAAUCUUGGUUUAUCAGCUUACAUCAUCGGUAACAUGACUAACUUGGUUGUUCAUGUGACCAGCCGCACAAGAAAAUUCAGAGAUACCAUUCAAGCUGCUUCAGGGUUUGGUCAGAGGAACAACUUACCAGUUCGUUUGCAAGAUCAGAUGGUGGCUCAUUUGUGCUUGAGGUACAGAACAGACUCAGAAGGUUUACAGCAGCAAGAAAUCAUCGAUUCGCUACCGAAAGCUAUUCGCUCAAGCAUAUCUCAUUAUCUGUUCUAUGAAGUUGUAGACAAGAUUUACUUGUUCCAUGGAAUAUCCAACGAUCUUCUUUUCCAGUUGGUCACGGAAAUGAAAGCAGAGUAUUUUCCUCCAAAAGAAGAUGUGAUCUUGCAGAAUGAAGCACCAACAGACUUUUACAUAUUGGUUACAGGAGCUGUUGUAAGUGUUUUGAUUUCUAGUUUUACAUAUGGCGUCAGAUUUCUCGUACUAUCCCUUACGCAUUCCUCUAUCCCGCAGGAGAUAAUCGCGCGAGUGAAUGGAGUGGAGCAGGCAAGUCUCAUUGUCAUUACACCNUAUUGCUCACGAAGCUGCUUAAUUUUCAGAGCAUGGGAGACGUUUUUGGUGUUUCUAGUGCUCUACACAGCUUGGGCGUCGCCUUUCGAGUUCGGUUUCUUGCAAAAGCCACGAGCACCUCUCAGCAUUCUCGACAACAUAGUCAACGGGUUCUUCGCCAUCGACAUCAUCUUGACAUUCUUCCUUGCCUUUCUUGACAAGACCACUUAUCUUCUUGUCGACGAUCCAAAGAGAAUAGCCUGGAGAUACGCUUCGACUUGGCUUGCUUUCGACGUUGUGUCCACGUUUCCUUACGAAAGCUUCGGGAGCUUCUUGCAUGAGAGCAUUCAGGGAUACGGUAUCUUCAGUAUGCUUCGUCUUUGGCGUCUUCGAAGAGUCAGUAACUGUUUCGCCAGGUUAGAGAAAGAUAGGAGAUACAGCUACUUCUGGGUUCGAUGCACGAAGCUGCUUCUUGUUACUCUUUUUGUGAUUCAUUGUGGUGCAUGCUUCCUCUACUCCAUUGCUUCACAUUAUCCAGACCCGGCCAAGACGUUCAUGGCACUAACAGACGAAAACUGGAAACAGUCUCCUCUCGCUGUCCAGUACAACACGGCCAUGUAUUGGUCUAUAACUACAUUCUCAACCACAGGAUAUGGUGAUAUACAUGGUGUUAACUCAAGAGAGAUGACUUUCAUUCUUUGCUACAUGGUCUUUAAUCUUGGUUUAUCAGCUUACAUCAUCGGUAACAUGACUAACUUGGUUGUUCAUGUGACCAGCCGCACAAGAAAAUUCAGAGAUACCAUUCAAGCUGCUUCAGGGUUUGGUCAGAGGAACAACUUACCAGUUCGUUUGCAAGAUCAGAUGGUGGCUCAUUUGUGCUUGAGGUACAGAACAGACUCAGAAGGUUUACAGCAGCAAGAAAUCAUCGAUUCGCUACCGAAAGCUAUUCGCUCAAGCAUAUCUCAUUAUCUGUUCUAUGAAGUUGUAGACAAGAUUUACUUGUUCCAUGGAAUAUCCAACGAUCUUCUUUUCCAGUUGGUCACGGAAAUGAAAGCAGAGUAUUUUCCUCCAAAAGAAGAUGUGAUCUUGCAGAAUGAAGCACCAACAGACUUUUACAUAUUGGUUACAGGAGCUGUUGUAGUUAAUGAAGCACAGAGAGGAAAUGUCUUUGGUGAAGUUGGGGUGCUAUGUUACAGGCCACAGCUGUUUACUGUUCGUACUAAGAGAUUGUCUCAGUUGCUUCGUGUGAACCGUACCACACUCUUGAAUCUUGUUCAAGCAAACGUAGGAGAUGGAGCAAUAAUCAUGAACAAUCUUCUUCAGCAUUUAAAAGAGUCGGAAGAUCCAGUGAUGAAAGGAAUCUUGGCUGAUACGGAACACAUGUUGGCUCAAGGGAAAAUGGAUUUACCUCUCAGCUUGUGUUUUGCUGCAGCCAGAGGAGACGACUUGUUGCUUCAUCAGCUACUUAGACGAGGCUCAAGCCCUAAUGAAAUGGAUAAAAACGGUCGAACCGCGCUGCAUAUAGCAGCAUCAAAGGGAAGCCAUUACUGCGUCGUUUUACUUCUUGAACAUGGAGCAGACCCUAACAUUAGAGAUUCAGAAGGUAACGUGCCAUUAUGGGAAGCAAUCAUAGGAGGACACAACGCAAUCGCUAAACUCCUUGCGGAAAACGGAGCAAAGCUAAGCACAGACUCAGUGAGCUAUUACUCGUGCUUAGCCGUGGAGAAGAACAACUUAGUAGCACUCAAGGACAUCAUCAAAUACGGCGGAGACAUCACACUCCCUGACGGAAACGGAACUACAGCGUUACACAAAGCAGUCUCAGAAGGACAAGUAGAGAUUGUGAAGUUCUUGUUAAGCAAAGGUGCUGAUUUGGACAUGCCGGAUUCUUACGGUUGGACACCUCGAGGUCUUGCUGAGCAUCAAGGCCAUGAAGACAUCAAGACGUUGUUUCAUAAUCACCGGCCUGUAGAGAAGAAACCGAAAGGUGUACCUGGAACACCUGAGACUCCUGUUCCUGGGACGAAGCCAUUGAUGAAGCAUAGCAGUGAGCCUACAUUGCCACAUUCAGGUGAGAUUCCUAUGGUUCAAGAGGGAGGCCAGCUUGUUGUUUCUCAGAGACGGAAGCUAAGUAACUUCAGAAACUCGCUCUUCGGAUUCAUUUCAGCUGCCAACACAGGUGAUGAUGGAGGAGAAACUACAAGAAGUCCAGCACCAGCAGGUAUAGGAGGAGGUGCGUUUUAUCCGGUGAGAGUGACGAUUAGUUCGUCGGAAAACGGUGAAACUGGUGGAAAAGUGAUAUUGUUACCGAAUUCCAUGGAAGAGCUAUUGGAAAUUGGUGAAAAGAAGAUGGGUUUCGUGCCAACUAAAGUACUUACGAGAGAAGGAGCCGAAAUUGACGAUAUCACUCUUAUCAGAGAUGGUGAUUUUCUCCUUCUUGCAAGAGAUUCUUGA